CCGACCAUGGAUAUGAUAGGGACCCCUUCGCGUAGGAGAGUACUUGAGACGAAAACUUUUCGCUCAAGCGCAUCUGUUUUAAGAUCGUCUUCCUGGUCUAAAACUAACCCGGCGUCCACAAUGCCUACCUCCUUCAGGAAAACCACCAGCGUACCGAUAAGCAGGGCGUACAGCAGCGUAUUGCUCUCACCCCCUGACACCUUCGAGCUGAGCCUGACUUCUGCACUGAACAGCGAGCAUGUGCGCUCCAACGAGAAGGAACAGCUACAAGGGCUGAACGACCGCUUCGCCAGUUAUAUCGACAAAGUGCGCUACCUAGAAGAACAGAAUAAACAUCUAGAAGCUGAAAUUCAGGCACUGCGACAGACCAAACUGUCCCGUUCUCACCUGGAUGAUGCUUAUAGCAACGAAAUGCAGGAGCUUCGCUCUAUUUUGGAGAAGAUCCACAAGGAGAAGGCACAAAUCCUUGUCGACUCUGACCGCGUUGACGAAGACAUCCAACGGCUCAGGGAGCGUUGUGAAGACGAGUCUCGUCUCAGAGAGCAAACAGAGGCCGCCAUCCGUGAUAUGAAAAAAGAUAAAGAUGAUUCGACCCUGAUAAAACUGGAACUGGAGAAGAAAGUACAGUCUCUGAUGGACGAGGUUGACUUUCUGAGGCAAAACCACGAAGAAGAGAUCAACGAGCUUCUCUCCCAGUUGCAAGCAGCACAGGUGCCGUUGGAGAGGCGAGAUUUCCAGAAGACCGACAUCACCUCUGCGCUGCGAGAGAUUCGUGCGCAGUUGGAUAGUCUCUCAUCCAAAAACGUCCAGCAAGCCGAAGAAAUAUUUAGGUCUCGCUAUGUUACACUGUCUGAGGCUGCAGAACAGAACAAGGAUGCGAUUAAGGCAGUGCGGGAUGAGAUUGCCGAUUAUCGCCGUCAGAUACAGGCCAAGAAUAUAGAGUUGGAGACACUUCGUGGCACAAAGGAUUCACUGGAGAGACAGCUAAAUGACAUAGAGGACCGUCACAACUCUGAUAUAAGUAGCUACCGGGAGAUGAUUCACAAGCUGGAUAAUGACCUGAAGGCAACUAAGUGGGAAAUGGCUCGUCACCUCGGGGAGUACCAAGAUCUCCUCAAUGUUAAGAUGGCCCUGGAUGCCGAAAUUGCUGCCUACAGGAAACUUUUGGAAGGUGAAGAAACUCGCUUCAGAACCUUCUCUGGUGGUCUUCCAAGUGCUAUCUUCCCAUAUAGCCAGCCAUCUAAGACAACUGUAAAAAUGAAGGUGCAACAUAAGAUUGUGGAGGAAAUCAUUGAGGAGACCAGAGGAGAUGACAUUGAUCAGGACUUGGCAGAAGUAGCUAAGGAGAUAUCGGGUGAAAAGGGAGAGCAAGAAGGAGAAGAGGAAGAGGCAGUGGAAGAGGAGAUUGCUGCCGCUGUUAAGUCUGAAGUGAGCGCUGCUGCUCCUGAGGAAGGUGAGGAAGAGGAGGCAGGUAAAGAGGAAGAGGAGGGUGAAGAAGGAGAGGCUGUAGAGGAGGAAGGUGGAGAGGAGGAAGGUGGUGAGGAGAAGGAAGGAGAGGAGGAAGAGAAAAAAGAAGGGGAAGAACAACAGGAGGAGGUCGUGGAGGAAACCAAGCUUUGUGAAGCCAAAGCUCCUCAGACAGAAGGAGAGAAGGCUGAGAAAGAGCAAGAGGGUGACAAAGAAGGCGAUGAUGUGAAGGGAAAAGAAGAAAAGCAGCCUAAAACUGAAGAGGAGGUAAAGGAAGAGGAGGUCAAAGCAGAGAAAGAAGAUGAAAAAGAGGGUGUGAAAGAUGAAAAAGAAGAAACAAAAUCGAACGGAGAAGAUGACAAGAAAAGCGACUCCAAGCAGGAGGACGAAAAAAAGAGCGACUCAGGAGAAGAUGAGAAAAAAGACGAGAAAUCAGACGAUGCCAAGGGAAAAGAAGAGAAGGAGCAGAAGAGUGGUUCACCAGAGGACAAAGGAAAAGCCGAUAGCCCAGUGGAAGAUAAAAAGGGAGAAGAACAGGUUAUCACCAAUGGCACUUCAAAGAGCCCCAUCAAAGAGGAUCCCACCAUGAAGGAAGAAGAGACCCACACCAGAACAGUGGAGACUACAACCAACGGGGCAGUGGAAACCACAAAGUCUGGUAAAGUCACCCCACCAGAGAGCAAGGCAGAUGAGGAGACUCAAGAGAAGAAGACAGCCCCUAAGAAAGUCGAGAAGGUCACAUCCAAACCCGCCAAAGAAGUCAAAGGAAAAGACUGA